AUGUCUGACCCAUCUGCUCGGCUGUCUCUCCGCAUUCAUGACGAGUGUAACGGCAGUGACGUAUUUGGUUCCGAUAUCUGCACAUGCAGGCCCUACCUCAUCUUCGGCAUCGAAGAGGCUGUCAAGGAGGCGCAAAAUGGCGGGAGCGGCGUCGUUAUUUAUUUCAGGAAGGAGGGCAGGGCUCUGGGCGAAGUCACCAAGUCCAAGAGUGCUAACCUAGGCCACAUCGUCUACAAUGCACGAAAACGAGGCGCGGAUCGAGCGUCAGACUAUUUCACGAGGACGGAAAACAUCGCCGGUGUCAAGGACAUGCGCUUUCAAGCCUUGAUGCCAGACAUCCUUCAUUGGCUUGGCAUUCAAAAGAUUGACAGGAUGUUGAGCAUGAGCAACAUGAAGCACGAUGCAAUCGUCGGCCAAGGCAUUCCAAUCCACGAGAGGGUCGAGUUGCCGGAUGAGCUCAUCCCAGCGGACUCGAGAGUUGAAAUCGAUGCGAAGAUCACUGCCGGCUACUUCACUGCUGGGAAGCGCCUCACGGCAGAGGAGCUGCAGUCAGUGCAGGGACGAAUGUGGGAGGAUAUCGAUCACUGA